GUUAUAUUGGGCCCAAGUUUAUGAUCCAAGAAGGCCCAAGUUUUGUAUUCAUUGUCCAUUAUCAAAUAGUAUACCCUAAAAUUAUUUUACAACUUUCAUCACCUCCAUUAAUUCUGCUGCUGCAAAUUCUAUCGAACUGGUGAGUUUUGUUAAUCUCUUUCCUCGUUCGUCCUUGUCUGUAUAUCAGAUCGAUCUCUAUUACCGUUUUAGCUUGUUCUUGAUCUUUGUCAACAUAAAAACAAUCAAACAAAGUUUCUUCUAUGAGUUCUGGUCUGAACGAAGAUUUCCUCGAUUGUAUCGUGCGUUUAGAGGAGACACAUGUUCAACAAGGCUUCGAUGAGGGUUACGAAGAAGGUCUUGUGUCCGGUCGUGAAGACGCUCGUCAUCUGGGUUUGAAACUCGGGUUCGAGACAGGCGAGCUGAUUGGAUUCUACAGAGGUUGCUCUGCUCUUUGGAAUUCAGCUCUCCGUAUUGAUCCUACACGCUUCUCUCCUCAGCUCCAUAAGCAUCUCAAUGAUUUCCAUGUCUUGCUCGAUAAAAUCCCGCUUUUGGAUCCCGAGGACGAAGCUAAAGACGGGAUCAAGGAUGAUCUCAGAGUCAAAUUCAGCAUCAUUUGUGCAUCUCUCGGCUUUUCCAAGAAACAAUUUGAGUAUAAAGGAUACCCGAAUCCUUCCUCCAAUCUCGACUUUUAAGACCUCCCUCCAUCAAAACACUCUUGUAUUGUAUGUAUGGCUUUCAAAGUUUCUCUCGUUUCCUCAAAGUUUGUAUUUUUAAGAGAAGUGUGUGUGUAGACAAUCUAUGUUUUAUUGGCUUGUCCUUUUUUCUGGACAUGUGAAUGCUGACCACAAGUCUAAAUCUGGUGGAUAACUUCUUUUUUAGCCUUAUAAUGAACAAACAAACUCACAUCUGUAGAUAUAUAUUUGUAUAGGUGGUCGGAGGAGAUGUUGAGAGAAAUGCUUGGUUGUUGCAAGGUUUACAUAUCUGAAGCGCGGAAUAAGACGGCCCUCGAAGCCAUUGAGAGAGCUUUAAAGCCUUUUCCACCAGCUGCAAUUGUCAACAAGUUUGAAGAUGCGGCUUAUGGCAGGGUUGGUUACACUGUUGUAUCCUCGCUUGCUAACGGGUCGUCUUCUUCCUUGAAGAAUGCGGUGUUUGCUAUGGUUAAGACUGCUCUCGACACUAUCAAUCUUGAGUUGCACUGUGGAUCUCAUCCCCGCCUUGGAGUGGUUGACCACAUAUGCUUUCACCCCUUAUCUCAAACCUCUAUAGAACAAGUUUCUUCCGUCGCCAAUUCCCUUGCAAUGGAUAUCGGCUCCAUUCUUCGAGUUCCUACAUAUCUCUAUGGAGCAGCAGAAAAGGAGCAGUGCACCCUGGAUUCGAUCAGAAGAAAGCUGGGGUACUUCAAGGCAAACAGGGAGGGACAUGAAUGGGCAGGUGGGUUUGACCUGGAGAUGGUGCCACUGAAGCCAGACGCAGGGCCACAAGAGGUGAGCAAAGCCAAAGGGGUUGUAGCGGUUGGGGCGUGUGGGUGGGUAAGUAACUAUAACGUGCCUGUCAUGUCAAACGAUCUCAAGGCAGUGAGGAGAAUAGCGAGGAAGACGAGCGAGAGAGGAGGGGGCUUGGCUUCAGUGCAGACAAUGGCGCUGGUGCACGGGGAAGGAGUCAUAGAGGUUGCCUGUAACUUGUUGAAUCCAAGCCAAGUGGGGGGAGAUGAAGUACAGGGACUGAUCGAGAGGCUUGGCAGAGAGGAAGGUCUGCUUGUGGGAAAAGGGUAUUAUACGGACUAUACACCUGACCAGAUCGUUGAAAGAUAUAUGGACUUGCUCAACAAUUCAUAAAUUUCAAAGUAAAAAAAGUAAAAACAGUAUGAUGUUGUCAUUCUUAGAACGUAUUAUUACCGACAUCGAUCAUUUAUCUUCAUUUUGUGUUUAGAUGUGAUAUACAUUGCCAUGAGUGACAAUUGAAAUUAGCAAAGAUUAAAUAAAAAGUGAAAUGAUAAAAUGAUGGUACGUU